AUGACAGUCGAAAGAAACGCCCACGGAUCAUUUUCAUCCUCGUGCACCACUGCUACGUCGUCUUCGUCAAGAAUUUCUUUUACAUUUGCCCGUUCAUCCUCGCGCGAUGUUCAUCCUGCGCUCCACCUGCCGCAAAAUGGAAGCCAAGCCGACUCUCAGAAGUCGGCCAAGGGAUUUUUCGACAAACUGCCCUCCAUCACGCCGAAGAGAAGAUGCAGCAGCAGGCUUCUUUGGCCACGGCCACUUCAGACCGUGCGUAGAAUGACCUCGGAGCCUGGGUUUCGCGACGGGCGCAGUGCCACGCCAGAUCUCGUCGCCGGUGAAAUCCGCUCGGUUCAGGAUCUGUUCGACAAUCCCAAGACGCCGCGAGCUUCUCUGGCCGCAGACAUGGUGAGACGCGAGCAGAUUGCCAAGGCUAUGGCGAAGAAGAGGGAAGAGCGCCGAGAUGGGGCAGCGGAAAACGUCGCGUUCGCAACAACGGGUAGCAUGACACCGUUGACUCGAACCCCAAAGACACCUGCAGCCUCAGCACUCGCACCCCCACCGCCAAAGGCAUCUUUGGAGCAGCAGCUGCGGGCGGUCCAGGCGGCCUAGAGGGCUCCUGAACCCGAAGAUGCUGCACCACCUCCAAUGCCCGUUAAGUCAUCUUUACGACCACCUCCAAUGCCUGCCAGGUCUUCUUCGCGUCCACAAAAUAGCAAACCAGCACCUACUUCUUGCCUUCAGCCGCCAAAACCUGUGCGAGAUCUUCGGCGUCCGUCAUACGACAUCAGCCUGAGUCCAAUCCCAGGAUCGGUUCGCGACGAGAUGAGCGAUGAUGAAGACCGCCGUUCCAGGCGGCAUAUAAGCAAGAUUCCACAGCCCCUCGAUCCUUUCGAUAACGCCAAGCUGGGGGAUGCAAAAGACGGCUGGACCGCACCACAGUGGGCGUUCACGCCUCGACCACCUUCGUCCCUGUAUUCGAUGGAAGGUGUUAACAACCCACAGCCCCGCCAGGAGUCUCCUACUCGAAUCCCGCAACCCAGCAAAAAGUUCCUGUGUCAUGUUCGCCAGUCCAGUGAAUCAUCCGUCAGGACUAAGACUUUGACCAGAAAGAUACCACCCCCAGCACGCAAUGCACCGAUAAUAGAGGUGGACACCCCUCCCGAAACACCGCAUCAUGAGCCUGAACCGUGCCAUAACCUCGAGGAGCCGUACACAAUUCCAUUUGGGCUUCUUCAUCCUCCAGCGACGCCGAGCCAUAACGGCUCAAGAGUCUCUGUCGAAGAUAGGAGCGGAGCAACGAACAGCAGCGGAGACACCUACGACAGCCUUUCGCAUCUGCACAUCGUGAGACACAAAGCCCAGCUCAAUCACGCAAGAAAGCUGCUAUAUGCCGAGCAUGUACACCGCUCGAUCGCUGUCAGCGCAGCCAGGAGUCCUGGCGGAGCCUCGAUAAAAAGCUCAGCUUCAUCCCCAGGAAGGCUGACGGAGUUCUCAAAAACUGCGCGUCAACAUGGAAACGCCGAAUCUCCCAUGGCACGUACAAAGACCUGUGGCAUCAUCAACGAGUAUUCGACAGUCGUCUCCCAGCACAUUGCUGAUGUGUUUGCACCUCCACGUGUCAGUUCAGCGGGCGGACCACCCAGCCACCAGGGGAAGAUCACAAACCAGACGCCCAAGACUUUGGAAAGAUCAACAGAUCGACGACAGCAGCUGCUCACCGAGAGCACGAGGAAGGCGGCCGAAGAGAGGAGCGACGAAGAAAAGAAAAGGCUGCGGAUGAGAGAGCUCCAGCGAAUAGAAUGGGAAAUGACCAUCGCCAAGGCCAAAGCCAGCGUUCGAGCUGACGAGACUACAAGAACAACCAGUCACCUAGAUACAGCAUCAAGGUCCAGACAGUUGCCCAGAGUCAGUGCUGAUUCGCCCCCUAGGAUUGCUGGUCAAGAAAAGGAUGAUGUCCAGAACGAGAAAGAACGUGGAUUCUUCUCAAGAUUCAAGCAGACACUACGCUUCAAGAGAACAAAAAGCAGUUUGGCCAUGAGGGAGCAGAGGAAAGAAGUCGCCAGGUCGCCCAAACAAAAGCAAUCCCCAAAGGCCAAGUCGCCGCCAAAUCUGUCUCAUCUCAAUAGUCUACGACAUCCCAAGAGCAUAGCGGCGAUGGAAGGGACGACGAAAGUGGCCGCUCAGCCGCCGAAGAUGCCUGAAGGACAUCAUGGCCGCAUGCACUCCCAGCUCGAACAGCCUGCGUCCCCGAUGCGCAUCUUUAGCUCAUCUAGGGAUCACGGAUCGCGACCGAUGAGAUCGAUGCCAAACAUUCGGAGGCAUGCGCAGCAGCAUGCUCCCGAACUGCAUGCGGCGCCGACGAGAACGCCGCCCAAAAUACCCAUGAGCGUGGUGCUGGCGGCUUCACAGAACGACGAAGACGACGACUACCAGGACGCUGUUGGGCUCAACAGCUCAUCGCCGAGCGAGCUGCGGCGGCUGCGGCAGGACUUGUCCCGCUCCCGGCUGAGAAUGGGGAAUGAAGUGAGCAAGCCACAAGGCGCCGCCGAUACGGUCGAGAGCUCGCGCUCGCGAUCUCGGGAAUCUACCCCACCAAUCGGCACCGGCCGCUACGCUGACGACGGCGAUCUCGACGGAGAAGCUCUCGGGGACGACACUGGGCCGGUUUCCAGCUUAAAAGUCGAAGGUCAAGCCGGUACACAGUUUCAAUCGACAUACGACCGUCCACCCGCACAGCUACCAAGCAGGGACCCGUUUUCUCCCCGUCCACCACCGGCUUCGGACCCUGAGUUCCGGGACGGCAUACCUACCCUGAGCAGUCCAAACAGGGUGCGCCCACCUUCGCCACCUCCAGCGACUGAGCCAUUGCCACCCCAAGCGUCCACGCCACUCAUUGGCUCUUCGAAAAAGUCCAAGAAGAGCCGGAAGUCGAGGAGCUCGAUAGCAUCGUCUGACGGCCGUCCAAGCUCUGCGUCUGCGAAUUUGGCGCCCACAGGUACGCCGGGAGGGACCGGGGCUGCGCAGACUGCCCCCUCCUUGUUGACCAAAGCGGAGCGGAAAGCUCUGAGGAGAGCGCGCAGGGAGGCACGCAAAGCUGCCUUGGCUGCCGGGGACUUGCCAGAAGCGAUGGACGAACACGACCAGAGCGUGAUGAGCACCGAGCCUAGCGCAUUGGAAUUGUCCCACUCGGAUGUUGCGAUGCAGUCUAUGCCGCCACCACCUACCGCCUCAGUGAUACCUUCUACGCCCACGCCCCAGACAAACAGUAAUUUCGAUGAACCGGCAAGCAUUAAUGGCCUGACAUUUUCUGUCAACGGAGACCACAGCCUGGAUCACUUGGCUACUGUCGGCGAGGGAGCGAUAGCGAGCAUUUUUGGUCAGGAAACCCCAGAAGUGGGACCUAAGCGCAAGCGCAAGGCAUCGGGGAGCAGUGGCAAAGACAGUCGCAAGAAAAAGUCGAAGAGACACGACCCAACCGAGCUGGAAAACGGCGAUGCAUUAAUGUAUGUCUCCCAGUCUGUGGAGGCUGAUAACGAGAUGAUGGACGCCCCACAAGAGCAGCAGUUGCUUGGUCUGGAUACGGCGCAAGAGGCUCACCAUGGAAGAUCUUUUGAUGGAAUUGCGAGCAACCCGAUUUCAGAAUUGUCUAAUGGAGCGAUUCAAGCAAUGGUUGCUGGUUCCCAAGUUGUCUCUGACCUUGCUCUUGACCCGUCACUUGCAGCACUGGAUUCUUCGCAUUGCGAGCAGCAGAAUGGACAAGGAGCCCAGGAAAUACUGGCCACAGGGAACAAUAUGGGUCUGCAUCACCAAGAAACCAGUGAGACCACCUAUCCAAAUCGUAAUCCAACCCCAGGGCCAGAUGCAUUUUCGACUGCUCACAAUUCAGGGCAGCACGAGAUGGCUGAAGAUGGUGCAGUCAACCAGGGGUACCAGGUCCAAGACGGCUUAGCCCAGACCGAGGAGACGCCACACAUUAUGACGAAUGAGAACAUACCUCCACCUUCUGGAGACCAGACAGCGCCAGAAACACCAACACCCUUCCCAGGUACUCAAUCUGUCGGCAGACGCAAGAGCAAAAUAUCUUAUCUGGAUCGACAAGCUGCAGAGGUAGUCGGGAACCUUGCAGAGCUCCCUGGCCAGGACGCUACUUCUCCAGCCGUACGAAAUCGGACCGAGCGGGCGUCUAGGAGGAGGCCCAAGACACAGACUGAUGUCGGAGAGGGUCCCUCCAGCUCGAACACUGGUGGAAGCGGCAAGAAGGCCAAGGUUCAGAAAGACUGGGCAAAGGGAGCUCUUAGUGCGGAAGAGAAUGCAAAGAUCCAAGAAGCUGUCGAGGAAUUUCGCAGCGAGCAGGGAAUGUCGCAGUUUGAAGUCAACGAGAUGAUUCAUGAGGACCCAAGCCGUAAAGGCACCGAGAAACACAGGCUCCUCUGGGAGAAGGUACAUGCUUCUUUACCAAGGAGACCUCCGCGGAUCAUCAACUAUCGUACAAGGAAACUCUUCCAUAAUUUCAUUGGCCGACAAGUUUUCACAAAAGAAGAGGACGAAGAGCUCCGUCGGUUGGUCGAGCUCAAGGGCCCGAGGUGGUCUGAGAUUGGUGCGCUGAUAAACCGUAGUCCACUCGACAUCCGCGACCGCUGGAGAAACUACACUGUGUGCGGCGACAAGAAAAAAGCAGACUUUUGGAAUCAGGAGGAAGAAGCGAGGCUCGUUGACCUGGUGGUCGAAGCCAUCGACAUCAUCAAACAGUCACGAGCUCAUGGCAACCAGGAUGACAGUCAGGAGUCUGCCGAACGGGAUAUAGCAUGGGAGGGCAUCAGCCAGGGAAUGGAUCGUACACGGUCAGCCAAGCAGUGUCGCGAGAAAUGGGCCUUGCUCCGGGAGCGUCAACGUGUCGCGAGCGAUGGAACCAUCCAGAACGGAGGCGAUAGGAUCACUGAAGUUCUAGAGAAAACUCGAUCGGACCUGCGAAAGAUGAAACCCGAGGACAAGUUGCGACUCAUAGAAGCAGUGCGCAAAACCAACGUUGAGCUGGACGACAACAUCGUGUGGAGUAAGAUUGGCACCAGCAAAUUUCGCAAGCAAUGGAGUCGGAACACUCUCCGCGUUAUGUGGGCCCGCCUACGGCAGACAGUCGAGGGUCAAGGCUCAAUGAGCACUCUCGCUGUGGCGGACGCGUUGAUUGAACAGUACAAAAAGGACAAUGUACUCGUUGAGCUUGGUGACAGCGACGUUGACAAUGAGGCCGAAGUAUCUCUCCUUGACGUUGGCCCAUCCGCUAGAAAAACCUACCGUACUCCGCGAGUUACUGCUCCCAAGAACCAGUUCGAAGCAUUGAAGGCGGCGGGCGGUACAGAUUCUGCAAAUGGCACCCCAACCAGGUGGAAACGCAAGGCCAAGGACAAGCAGGAAGCUUCGUACAACGGUGUUCAGGACGAGCAGCCGUAUGACCAAGGAGAGGCCGAUGGCGCCACCCAAGGGGCUGAUGAGAGCUUUGUGCCAGCGGCUAAAAGAGCAAGGAAGCGAAAAUCGGGAGAUGGUGUCCAAAGCAAUGGUCGACGUCUCAGCGCCUCUACCAAGCCAGAGACACCAGGGAAAUACAAAAGUGCCCAGUUUGUGAACGAUGACGACGAUGAAGACGAUUCGGGCGACAAAGGUCAGAGGUCUGCUUCUCCCGAAGUGCCGGCCUCACCCGAAAGAUCACAACCCGACCCAGCAGGCGAUUCUGCCAGCGGCUUAGUGGUCGAUAGCCAGAUCCUCAGUGGCGACUCUCAAGAGUUUGCAGAUGAAGACCGCAUGGAGACGGAAAGCGUUGAUUUAGAUCAGCCUGAUCGGUCGAAAAGCGUCUCUGGCAAUGCAGUGCAGGACGAUGAAGUGGAAGACGUCGAAGACGAUAGGCUUGAGGUGGCUCCCCUGCGCGCAAAUUCGACUGUGUCAGACAACUCGUCUGUUUUCGCGGCAAGCAAGUUUAGGAAGCGCAAAUCUGCAGCGGUGGCGACUCCCAGUACCCUCAAGAAGACAAGGAAACCUCGAACUCCGUUUUCGCGUACACAUAACCAGGCGACUUUGAGCGUGUACGACGACAUUGAGAGUGCACAUGGCGAGUCUUCUCAGCCAAAUGCCGACCAUACCGAUGAUGUUGGCGUUAUGAGCACUCAGGAUGAGGAGGCGCACCGGCGACAGAUGGAACUUGCUCAAGACCAGCUUCCGCUCCAGCGGGCCGAGUCUGAAGAAAACGAAAGUGAGGCCGAACGCAGAAGGCUGGCGCAAUUGAGCGACGAGGACUCGGACAUGGAGGAUAUUCCAGCCCAGUUACCCAAUCAAAUGACGACCGAGCAGUGA